AUGGCGUCUGGCAGUACGCAAAACCGAUUUCUGCGCCCUCCAAGCGACGAAGAAUAUGCACCAGUCUAUCGCUCCUCCUCCAGCUAUAACCCUCUUCAUACCUUCCAAUUGCCUUCCGGCCAGGAAAGGCACUAUCAACAACAAUAUGGCGAUAUGUACUUCUUGCGACUGGCCAAGUUAAAACCGGCAGUGGAGGAAAUUGCGGUAGAGACAUGGGAAGGGUUCAGUAUCGCUGGGGAGCAUGCUCGUCGCGUGGAAAGAGUGCUCGAUAACUUCACAUCAGCCCCUCCCCCUCGCCCGACUUAUCUUGAUCCUGCCCACCCCGAAUUGACACAAAUCAUGCUAGAAGACGAGUCCGGUCGUCUGCGGUUGACCGGAAACAUGCUUAGAUCCACCCAACUGGCUACAGGAGCUAUAGUUGCCGUGCUAGGAACUGAGAACUCGAAUGGAGACUUUGAGGUUAUCGAUGUAAAGGUCCCUGAUCUAGCUCGUCAACCCCGUCGGUGGGAGAGGGAUGAACAGCAGUCUGCCCAGAAAGGAACUGGCAAAAGCAAAAUUGCUUUUGUCAGCGGUCUUGGGAUUACGGGAACUUCGAGCGACACAUUAUCUCUGGAGCUCUUAACAGACUAUCUCCUUGGCUACACAGGUUCCCAAUCAUCAGCGAAUGACGAGAGUGCGCCCCCAGAUGCUUCUGCAAUUACGAGGCUGGUCAUUGCGGGAAAUUCUCUCGGUGCAAGCAUGACUACCGACCCUAACGAACAUGCAGCUGCUUCCAAGAAAAAAAGUGGGCCAAAGAAAUAUGGCUAUGAUGCGUCUGCGUACAAUGCUUCUCCAAUUACCCAGUUCGAUAACUUCCUCGCCGAGAUUCUACCCACCAUACCUGUUACCCUUAUGGCAGGCGCAAGCGACCCAGCCAAUUUCUCACUGCCCCAACAGGGUAUCCACCGAGCUAUGUUUCCGCGAUCUCGGGCAUAUUGCUCUGGACCCACGGCUGCUGGAGAAACCCCAGAGCCAGGAUGGUUCGAUAGCGUCACGAAUCCAUGGGAAGGUGACAUAGAGGGAUGGCGUCUAUGGGGUUCGAGCGGCCAGAAUGUCGACGACGUCCUUCGCUAUCUAGAUUUUGCGAAUUCGAGUGGUACUGUUGAUGCCAGUGGGGAUGCCGAGGCUAGGGUUAAAAUCAUGGAGGCCAUGUUGCGUUGGAGGUGUGGUGUUCCCACGGCACCUGAUACAAUCUGGUCCUAUCCAUUCCAAACACACGAUCCUUUCGUGAUGGAGGCGUGUCCGCAUAUCUUCUUCGCUGGCAACCAGCCACAGUUCAAGACUGCGGUAAUAGAAGGCGACGCUCCCUUGAAGCUGAAUGGAGCCGACACAGAAAUGACCGGUACGGAUGAUACCACACCUGGCCCACGAGUCCGUCUGUUAUCCAUUCCUACGUUCAAGGAAACCGGCGAACUGGUACUAGUUGAUACCGAGACGCUGGAGGUAGAAGUCGUGAAAUUCGGCACAUACGCCGGACAGCAGGAACAGCAAUGA